AACAGUAUCACUGCAUAUUCAGGUGCUGUUGCAACGCGGAAAAAAGUAGGAAACAUACUCGAGAACGUGUCAUCGGGAAUAUCCAGCUGUUCUACGUGUGUGUGACCUGACAGGCUGCAGCAGCGCUCGCCGAUGAUCCUUUAUGGACAUCCGGCAAUAAAACGAGAAAUGUAACCAACAGGACGUGCAUCCGAGCGCGAUAGCGAUGCUCCAGUUCUGAGAAGGACUUUGAAGAACCGCAAAGUUAAUCCUGUUGCAUUGUGGGAGGAGCGGAAGUCGGGGAAACAGUUGGAUGGAUCGGAGGGAUCGGAGGUGCUGGAGCUGCAGCGCGACUAGGCGUUAGGAUCGCUCACGUCGGACUCCGGGACGACUGCUCACCGGAGGGGCAGAGGGUCUCCGCUUCGACCCUUUACCGUCCUCUGCUGACCUGCGCCAAGUUUGAGUCACCAAAGAAAAAGAAAAACAAGAACAACACACAUCUCCAUUAUGCAUUCGGACUGCAGGCUGGAAUGGCCAUGUCUGGGAUGGUGACUGCAGGACGCGGCGGGGCACGGCUUCUCCUCGUCUCCACACUCGCCGUCAUCUUCAGCGCAAGAGCGGGUCGAGCCCAGAAAGGCGAUGCUUGCGGAGACACCCUACUGGGCCCCAGUAGUGGCACACUGUCCUCCAUCAACUACCCCCAGACGUACCCCAACCACACGGUGUGUGAAUGGGAGUUGCGCGUGUCCCCUGGGAGGAGGAUCCACCUUAAGUUCGGCGACUUCGACAUCGAGGACUGGGACUGUCACUUCAGCUAUCUGAGGAUCUACAACGGGAUUGGACCCGGGAGGGCGGAGAUAGCAAAGUAUUGUGGGCUGGGCUUGCAAAUCCCGGAGCUGAUCCUGUCCAGCGGCAGCGAGGUCACGGUUCAGUUCAUGAGCGGGACCCACAGGUCUGGCCGUGGCUUCUUGCUGUCCUACUCGACGACGGAGCACUCGGAUCUGAUCACUUGCCUCGACAAAGGAAUUCACUUUACGGAAGCAGAAUUCAGCAAAUACUGCCCUGCGGGUUGCCUGACGAUCUCCGGGGAGGUUUCCGGCACGAUUCCACACGGCUACAGAGACUCCUCAUCAGUGUGCUUGGCCGGUAUCCACGCCGGGGUGGUGUCCAACACUCUGGGAGGCCAGAUCAGCGUCGUCAGCAGCAAGGGCAUCCCACACUACGAGAGCACUCUGGCCAACAAUGUCACGUCUACCUUUGGUCCUUUGUCCAACAGCCUCUUCACCUUCAAAACCAGUGGUUGUUAUGGCACCCUGGGUCUGGAGUCAGGAGUAGUCCGCAGCUCCCAGAUCACCAGCUCGUCCGUGUGGGAGUGGAGCGAGGAGAACGGGCAGCCCAGCGUGUGGCAGCCCUCCGGGGCCCGACUGAAGCGGCCGGGCCUCCCUUGGGCCGCCGCUCACAGCGAUCAGCAUCAGUGGCUCCAGCUGGACCUGAAGAAGAGGAAGAGAAUCACAGGAAUCAUCACCACCGGUUCCACACUCAUGGAGUACCAGUUCUUCGUCUCGGCCUAUCGGGUGCAGUACAGCCAGGACGGCCAGCUGUGGUAUGUCUUCAGAGAGGCUGACGCUGACCAGGAUAAGAUCUUCCAGGGAAACAUCAAUUACCUGCACGAAGUGCGUAACAACUUCAUCCCCCCCAUGGAGGCGCGCUAUGUGCGAGUCAGUCCCACCCAGUGGCACCAGCGCAUCGCCCUGAAGAUGGAGCUGCUGGGCUGCCAGCCUCCGGCAUUGCUGCCGCGAACCUUCCAGCCACGGCCCACCAAGCUCAGCACGGACCCUCCGCUACAGCGGGACAAGGCCACCUUCACUCCCGACAUCCGCAACACCACCAUGACCCCCAGUGGCAAUAACAGUGUGGCACUAGCGGCAGUGCUGGUGCCAGCCUUGGUAACGGGCCUGACCUGCCUCCUCCUGACGCUGCUGUGUACCUGGCACUGCAAGACCCGGAAGAAGAGCGCCAAGGGGGCCUAUGGUCUGGUGCACUGGGACCGAGCUGGCCUGUGGAAAGGCAUGAAGCAGUUCUUUCCAGCGAAGAUGAGUGAGGGGGACGAUUCCUUUGUGCGAUACAGCCACAGUGACGCGAAUCACGCUCGGAGUCGCAAGGCCGUCCCGGUGGUGCAGGCCGAAUCGGCAGAGUAUGCCCAGCCCCUAGUGGGAGGAAUGGUCGGCACCCUUGGUCAGAGGUCCACCUUUAAACCCGAAGAAGGAAGCGACCCGGCUUACGCGGACCCGGACCCGUACGACGCUCCGCUUACGGAAAUAUACCACGCGUACGCCCAACCGCUCCCUGCUUCAGGGGCGGAGUACGCCACCCCCAUCGUUGUGGACAUGGCAGGCCACCCGGCACCCUCUGGCCCGCUGGGACAGGUGUCCGUCUCCACAUUCAAAAGGUGUGGCCCCGGGCCCCUCCUCACUAGGACAGACAGUGGCCAAUCGGGAUCGUGCGCCCAGUACGACACACCCAAGACCACGCCUGGGCAGACCCAGUCCACAGAGGACCUGGUCUACCAAGUCCCCCUGAAUGGGGCCCAGAAAGCCCGUGAGGACAGCUGAGAUCAGGGUGACCUUCACGGAAGCCUGGCUGGCCUCAGCGUACCUUUCAUUACCCUUUUCGGCACACCUGGUUGAAACUCCCCUGGAGGAGGUGUGAAGAAAGCAGGGGUUGCUCGCUCUGAAUUCAAGUCCUCUGUCAAUCGGUCUUGAGAUGUUUGUUGUGGUAAAUGUUCACCUGUUUGCGCACAGUUUGUCUCUUAAGAUCGAUAGUCGCUACAGUCCUUUCACUGAUUUAAUGGAAAUGAAUGUUUGUCGUGAAAGCUCACCACUGUUUUAGCACAGAAAAGGCUCUCUCUCUCUCGUCUUAAUCUUCUGUUAUAUCAAACUGUGAGGUUCUUAAGAGCCCCCCCCUCCCCCCUCUCCAUUUCUCUCUUGGUCUGCGUUCGGUUGUAAGUUUUGAUACUUGAGACCGGGGUUGGGCAGUUCCGUGCCUCAGUGGUCACGGAGUGAGCUGUUUCUCCCCAGCUCCACUCCUCAGUGUUUCGCUGAAGUUAUUCUAACGUUGUUGCAGCCGUAAAGUAGGUGUUAAUUGAAAUUUGUUGCAAGGCUCGGGAGGAUCCCAGCCCUGUUGGCAGCUUUUCUUUCAAAUGGCACAUAGACACUCAAACGCCCAUUUGCCAAGACAACCGUGACCGGUUAGGGCCAUUUUACAUUUGAUUGGUCGAAGGUCGUACUUUGUGAAAAGUUUGGGGCGGGGGGGGAUCAUUGAGUCGGAUUAAAAGCCUUCUAGGAGAACCGGAAAGGCUACACCCGGAGCUUCUGUUUGAGUUUCGAAAAACGUACUGUACACUCUGAGCAGACACGACAACCUCCAGCUGCUUCUAGCGCUUAUCCAGAAGCACUCGACAUAAUUUCCUGCUGAGAAAGAUGCGAUUUAACCAUUUUUACACUAUUGUAUUCAGCUGGUCGAAGCAAACCUUUCUAGCAGAGGGUUAGUCAGUGACCAGCUGAUAGUUACAUUCACUGUUUGGAGGGGUUCAAGGAAACUGAACAGCAGUUAAAAAUUGCCGGGUUCAUACGUUUUGGUGCCAGAGUUGACUGGCACUUAAUUAUUUUUAAAUAUUCUUAGACUGGUGUCUGUUUUUUAAAGUAUCAACAUUUCAUUAACGGAUCAAAAUUGAUGCAUGAACGUCUUGACGAUUUUCCAGCACGACAUCUGGCUUUAUUCCCACCCAGAAAUAAAAUGGCCACAUGCACUGUCCGUCUCCGCAAACUGCGUUUCAAGUGGCCAUUCACCGUAAAAAGGGGCCAGGCUGUCAUUUCGCAUCGAUAAGAGGAUAUUUCCAGGAGUUCCCUUCCCCUGCGUUGAGCAGGGGGACUCUGCACUGAUCUGUAUUGGUGUAUUCAUACGGUACGCGGAAAGCAAGUGGAGAGUCCCUGUGAAAAUGAGUUUAAGUUUCCUGUGUUUAGCGAUGUGCAGAGCCCUCACUACUGUGGCUGUAGAGAAGUUUACCCUGGUUGAAUCCAUUGAAUGUACCCAUGCUGUACCUCCAUGUGCUUCCGUCUGUUGCUAGAUUGUAUAGAGAGAAUUUUAAAAAAUUUAUUGUAUACCUUAAUAAAAUCAGUGUCACAUCCUGCA